CAAUUUUUCUCUUUCGUUGAUCUUGACUUUAGAAUCAAAAUUGGUGGGACAAAAAUUUCCUUUCGUUCUUACAGUAUUUUCCAUUAAAACACCAAUCACUACAGUAAGUCUUCUACUUCCGAGUUCAACACCCACAGAAGGUAGAAAAAUUUUGGUUGUGUUGUAGCAAUUUCUUUCGAAGAAAACUACAAAAGACGUGUACUAUUUGCUUUAAACCGUUCAAAUGUGAAGAAUAUUUCCAAAAGGGAUUUUGAGGUAAGAGAGAGACGGGGGAGUGGAGCAAAAUUUACAUUCUGUUAAGAAGAAAAAAUGGGUGUGGUUCCAGAAGAAGCCAUUAAUCAGUUUGAAGCCUUAAUGAAGGAAGUUGAAGAGCCACUCAAGGGAACUUUCAAGAAUAUUCAUCAAGGAUAUCCCAGAGAACCUUUAAUUCGCUUUUUGAAGGCUAGAGAGGGAAAUGUUACUAAGGCUCACAAGAUGUUGGUUGAUUGUUUGAAUUGGAGGGUGCAAAACGACAUUGAUGAUAUUUUAGCGAAACCAAUUGUUCCCACUGAUUUUUACAGAGCUAUACGUGAUUCACAGCUUAUAGGAUUAUCGGGUUACUCAAAAGAGGGUCUCCCCGUCUUUGCUCAUGGAAUAGGUCUGAACACAUUUGACAAAGCAUCUGUUCAUUAUUAUGUACAAUCCCACAUUCAGAUCAAUGAAUAUCGGGAUCGUGUCAUUUUGCCUGCUGCAACCAAAAAGUAUGGGAAGCACAUUAGCAAAUGUAUAAAGAUUCUAGAUAUGACUGGUCUGAAGCUUUCAUCAUUAAGCCAAAUAAAGCUCUUAACUAUUAUUUCUUCCAUCGAUGACCUAAACUACCCGGAGAAAACAGUUACUUAUUACAUUGUCAACGCCCCAUAUAUCUUCUCCGCUUGUUGGAAGGUUGUCAAGCCCCUUCUGCAGGAGAGAACAAAAAGAAAAAUCAAUGUAUUAUCUGGUUGUGGACAGGAUGAUCUAUUGAAGAUAAUGGAUUAUUCAUCCCUUCCCCAUUUCUGCCGUAAAAGAAGUUCCGGCUCUUCAGAACAUUCAGACAGCUAUCUUGUUAAUUGCUAUUCCUUGGACCACCCCUUUCACCAACAACUUUACAAUUAUAUUAAGCAGCAAUCUCUGAUUCGUGAAACUGUCAAGCCGAGAAAACAGGGAUCGGUGCACGUGACUUUGCCUGAGGAUGCAGUUGAAGGGGUAGAGAUUGCAAAGACUCUAGAAUCUGAAUUAGAGAAUUUUAAGAACCUCGAUGCAUGUUGUGACUCAGUGAAGGACCUGAGAAUUGAUAAUGGUAAGUCAUAGAAGAUCUAUUUAUCUUGUGUUAGUAGGUGCUAAAUCACAUCCGACAAAGAUCUCUUGUUCUUAACACUAACCAUUAUAGUAAUCUAGUUUAAAUGUAUCUUGUGGAUCUUUUGUGGAUGAACUGCCUCAUAUGAUGUAUGUAAUUUACAUGUCAGCUAAAUCUUUUUUGUGAUAAGUUUAAAUGAUUGUAAACAUAUCAUUGUCAUUCUAUCUGUAGUUCACGAUGGAUAC